AGGGUGGGGGUAACGGUCGGUCGUUCGUUGGCGCGUCCUCGCGGAUCGCGGUUGAGCUUUAGUCGCACGAUCUCGUCCGCUAGCGUCGGGCUGUUCUACGUCGAGUCUCGAAGCGUCUCGAAUCGAUCGAUGGAUCGAUUGCGCUGUCGCGUCCCUCCUCCUGCCGCUCGAUCCUUCGAGAAGUCGACCGAUCGUGUUCAGUCUAUCGUUGAUCGUUGAUCGAUUAGUUCUGAUCGUUGCUCGGUUCGUGUGGCGGAACAGAGGAUUGUCGUCGGUGAUAGAGAGGAUUCGGGUGAAAGUUUUUCAUCAAAACAUCGUUUCGUUCUCUCUCGUGCGUGGUCAUGCUCGUAACCGUAACGAGUUGUAUGGUGCAGGUGAACCGCAUGCGUGAUAGAAUCCGCGCAUCCGUUCGAUCCCGUGGCUCUUAAGAGGUUAUACACACGCGUUUACGGGAUUUUUGAGAUUCUACCUAUUGGGAAGGAGGCUGAGAGCGGUGAGAAAGAAGACGACGAACGAAGAAACUCGCGGUGGAACUGCCGAUUCGUUCGACCUGCACGCUCGCUGAAUCUGGUGUCUAUGAAAUCGUGGAUAUCGCGGGACGAUGUCGUCGAGUGGUGAAUUUUCGACACUGUCGAGCGGCGAGGCGACCGGAACCGGAGACGACUCGUUGCCCAGCUCUCGAGAGGCGACCGCGGAAGCUGCGGGCUCGGGUGCCGGUUUCAUGCCGCUGCGCGAGUUCCUCGACAGAUUCUCGUUACCUAGGGUGGUGAGGGUGGAAGGUGCCGGUGGAAGACCGAUAUUGUUGUACAAACAACAGCAAAGAUCGCUGAGAGUCACGGCUACGCUGCUGAUGCAUCGCUACCGGCAUGACGUGAAGGUUGGACCCGAGAUUGUGAUUCCGGAGGGAUAUCCUGGCUGGUUCUCCGUUGUCUCGAACAACAGUGGUACCGGAAGUGCCAGGGUGUAUCGAAGAGUGGGUGCCUUGGUUCGAGCUGGUGUCCCAGCGUUUCUCCUUGCCAAACCUCUGAGAGCCUACACUCUGACACACUCCAAGAUGGAGAACGGGAACCUGAGGGCCCACUACACGAAAACGACGGUGAGGGCCGGGGAGGUUCUGCGGCUGGCCGCCGUUUUCCAGGACACGCGGAGGGCGCCUGUCCUGUCGAGCGGUGUUUCCGGGGUGGUCAGCUCGCCGGAGGGCAAGAGUUCAAGGUCGUCGGAGCGAGACCAGUACGCCCAGUGCUUGGAUUCUCACGGCCACGAACUGUUCGCGCCGCUCUCCGCGCGAGGAGAGUUCUACGCGACUUGCCAGAGCGGGAGCCUCGAUACCGGAAGCGACGCCGUCCUCUACAGGGUCCACCAGUUAGCCAGAAGGGACCUGCCUCUAAGGGUACGACUGGUCGCCGGACCCUUGCCCAUACCGUUGCCGCGAGAUUACAGCGGCCUGAUGCAGCUGGAAGGCGCGACGAGAGGUCCCAUAGUGCUUGGAUGCGCGGUGCCUUUGAUGCCCGAGAGGCCCCUGCCCAACUCCACGGUCCCGGAACUCCUCGAGCUGGUCGCGACGGGGCCAACCGCGCCACGAGUGAAGAGGGCAAGGCUAGGCUGCCCAUCCGAAGCUCGGCUGCUCGCCUCGCCCAAGAUGCAGCGAUUACUCUCGGCUUGCAGUCCACCGCCCCCGCCGGAGGGGAGGAAUGGGACAAGGGAGAAGGACAGAGGUUACGUCAAGUUGGCUUUGUCCCAAUCCGAGAUAUCGAACGUCGGCGAGGAGGAGGAAGGGAUUUAUAACACCGUCUGUUGAUGCUGGG